AUGCGGCCGCUGACGCGCGGGCCCCGCCCCCACCGCUUUAUAACCGCGCCGACGCCGCCCCCAUCCCACCCCCCACACUCCCCUCCGUUCCGGACUCUGAAGCAGCAGCGGCGGACGGCGGCGCGCGCGUCCCCGUCUCCGUCUCCUCUCGGCGGCGAAUCUCACCAGCAAAUAGACAGGUUUUUGUUCGGCGGGUUGGGCGUGAUGGCGGUCGCGUCGCGCCUGGCGGUGGCGCGGGUGGUCCAGCCGGACUGCGGCGCGGCGGGCGGGAGGAAGGGGCGGCAGGGGUUCGCGGUGGUCGGGCUCCCCGCGGCGGGGCGGAGGGGGAGGCGGCGCGGCGGGGCCGUGGCGGCCAGCCCCCCCACGGAGGAGGCGGCCAAGCUGACGGAGCCGCUCACCAAGGAGGACCUCGUCGCCUACCUCGCGUCCGGCUGCAAGCCCAAGGAGGACUGGAGAAUUGGCACAGAACAUGAAAAGUUUGGUUUUGAUGUCGAAACAUUGCGCCCUAUAACGUACGAUCAGAUCAGUGCUAUACUCAAUGGGCUGUCUGAGAGAUUUGAAUGGGACAAGAUAAUGGAAGAAAACCAUGUUAUUGGUCUCAAGCAGGGAAAGCAAAACAUUUCACUAGAACCUGGUGGCCAGUUUGAACUUAGUGGCGCUCCCCUCGAAACAUUACAUCAAACUUGUGCGGAGGUCAAUUCACAUCUUUAUCAGGUCAAAGCAGUUGGAGAGGAAUUGGGAGUAGGAUUUCUUGGAAUGGGUUUUCAGCCAAAAUGGGCCCUGGCUGAUAUACCAAUAAUGCCCAAGGGAAGAUAUGAAAUUAUGAGGAAUUACAUGCCUAAAGUUGGUACUCUUGGCCUUGAUAUGAUGUUCCGCACGUGCACUGUACAGGUUAAUCUUGAUUUCAGUUCAGAGCAAGAUAUGAUAAGAAAAUUCCGUGCUAGCCUUGCAUUGCAGCCUAUCGCUACAGCAAUAUUCGCAAAUUCUCCCUUCAAAGAAGGGAAACCAAAUGGGUUUCUCAGUUUAAGAAGCCAUAUCUGGACUGAUACUGAUAACAACCGCUCGGGGAUGCUUCCUUUUGUUUUUGAUGACUCAUUCGGAUUUGAGCAAUAUGUGGACUAUGCAUUGGACGUCCCAAUGUAUUUUGUAUACCGGAACAAGACUUACAUUGACUGUACUGGAAUGUCAUUUCGGGAUUUUAUGGCAGGAAAGCUCCCACAGGUUCCAGGGGAGUUGCCCACUUUGAACGAUUGGGAGAACCAUCUAACAACAAUUUUUCCUGAGGUUAGGUUGAAGAGAUACAUGGAGAUGAGAGGUGCUGAUGGUGGACCUUGGAGGAGAUUGUGUGCUUUGCCUGCAUUUUGGGUUGGGUUGUUGUAUGACGACGAAUCACUACAGAGCAUUAUUGACAUGACUGCUGACUGGACAAAGGAAGAAAGAGAGAUGUUGAGACGGAAGGUCCCAGUAACUGGUUUGAAGACACCAUUCCGGGAUGGGUAUGUAAGAGAUUUAGCUGAAGAUGUUCUCCAGUUAGCUAAGAAUGGAUUAGAAAGAAGAGGAUACAAGGAGGUUGGUUUCCUGAGAGAGGUCGACGAAGUUGUUAGAACAGGAGUGACACCUGCCGAGAAGCUUCUGAAUCUAUACGAGACGAAGUGGCAGCGCAGCGUGGACCCUGUGUUCGAGGAGUUGUUAUAUUGA